AUGCAUUCUCAAUCACUCUUUACACCUGCUCAAAUUGAAGAGAAGAUUAAAAAGGCUACAUUUGCACUUCAAUUGAAGGAAUUUAAAUCAAUUAGAAAAGCUGCAGAGCACUUUGAAGUCCCUAAGUCUACUCUAACUGAUAGGUUGGCUGGGAAGAAAACAUGUUCCCAAAGCCACGAAAUAGCUCAAAUCCUUUCAAGCGCAGAAGAGAAUACUCUUGUACGAUGGAUUUCACAACUUACUAUUACUGUGUGA